AUGGAAACCAGUCUCUUCCCUCACUCUUUCUGUCCACUUUUCAAGGCUCCUCCUUUUUCAUCUCCCUCUAUUCAACCCAAAUCAAGUUCUUGGCUCAAACCCAUUUGCUGCACCCUCAGAAAACAAUCUGUUGAAAAAUCUUUUAUCACACCCACAAGUUGGUUUUCUCAAGUGCAUCACGGAUUAGCAGCACUUGCCAUUUCUUUGGCACUAAACUUUUGCCCAAUACUGCCUAAUGAAGCUGCAUUAGCAUCUGAAUUUGAUGUUUUAAAUGAUGGUCCUCCAAAGGAUACAUACGUCGUUGAUGAUGCAGGUGUGCUCAAUCGUGUGACGAAGUCUGAUUUGAAGAGAUUGUUGUCGGAUUUGGAGUCAAGAAAAGGCUACCACAUUAACUUUGUCACUGUCCGCAAGCUCACUAGCAAAGCCGAUGCAUUUGAGUAUGCUGACCAAGUUCUUGAACGCUGGUAUCCAACCGUAGAAGAAGGCUCCAACAAGGGAAUAGUUGUACUUAUUACCAGUCAAAAGGAAGGUGCAGUUACAGGUGGCCCUGAUUUUGUCAAGGCUGUUGGCGAUGCCAUUCUUGAUGCCACUGUAUCGGAGAAUCUUCCAGUCCUAGCCACGGAAGAGAAGUACAAUGAAGCACUAUUUAGUGCUGCUAAACGGCUUGUAGCUGCCAUUGACAGGCUUCCUGAUACUGGUGGCCCCCAGUUGAAGGACAACAAAAGAGAAUCUAACUUCAAAACCAGGGAAGAGACAGAGGAGAAACGAGGGCAAUUCACACUUGUAGUUGGAGAUUCGGGAUUGUGGAUAGAAUUGCCUGGGUUGGAGACGGUUCCGGUGUCUGCCAUGUAUUUGAGAAAAUGUCUAGAUGGGGAAGUUAGGUAUUUUGGCGAGAAAGGAGCCAAGGAUCAAUUGGCUGCUCUGAUGCCAUGUUACACGGUAACUGAAAUCAUUGGAGUUGAUGAGGAGAGCAAGAAUUCGGUGGGUAAAAGUAUUUUGAAGCCAUGUUCAUCUGGUAAAAACUAA